AUGGAAAGAGAACCAACAACGGCAACAAAUUUCUUGUUCUCUGCAACGCAAUGGAUGUACAUUCACUCAUCCCUUUGGGAUGUAUCUCUUGCUUUGUUGGGAAUCUUUGUUUUCCGAUGUAUCAAUGAAAGGCUCACCAACAAAGGCCCUAUGCUAUGGCCUGUGUUGGGGAUCUUACCCACCAUGUUCCUCCACAUCAACGACAUGUACAAUUUCGUCACGAGAGCUUUAAGCAGAGCAGGGGGAACUUUCCACCAUAAAGGAAUGUGGAUGGGAGGGGCAUAUGGAAUCGCCACGGCUGAUCCUUCCAAUGUCGCGUAUAUGCUUAAAACGAAUUUCAAGAACUUCCCAAAAGGGAAAUACUUCAGAGACAGGUUUCGGGAUUUGCUAGGAGAUGGUAUUUUCAAUGUUGACGAUGAAUUGUGGAGGGAACAAAGGCAAGUUGUGAAAGCAGAGAUGCAUUCAAGCAGGUUCAUUGAGCACUCGCUUCAAACCAUGCAAGAUCUGUUGCACCAGAAGCUGUUGAAGCUGACAGAAAAACUGGUAAAGUCAGGAGAUAGUUUUGAUCUCCAAGAAGUGCUUCUUCGGUUUACGUUUGAUAACAUUUGUACUGCAGCUUUUGGCGUUGAUCCUGGGUGCUUAGCCCUGGAUUUCCCUGAAGUUCCCUUCGCAAAAGCUUUCGAAAAAGCAACAGAAUUAACUUUGUUCAGGUUCCUGAUUCCGCCUUUCAUUUGGAAGCCCAUGAAGUUCUUUGGAAUAGGAUACGAGAAGGCACUGAAGGAGGCAGUUGGGAUUGUGCAUGACUUUGCUGAGAAGACAGUGAAGGGUAGAAGGGAUGAGGCAAGGAAGCAUGGUAGCUUAUGUCAUCAAUCUGAUCUCUUGUCCAGGCUUAUUGAGAUUGAAUAUACUGGACAAGGAAAGAAGCUGCAAUUCCCAGAUAAGUAUUUCAGAGAUUUGUGUGUAAAUUUCAUCCUAGCAGGGAGAGACACCACUUCGGUGGCAUUGGCAUGGUUUUUCUGGUUAGUACACAGCAAUCCAGAAGUGGAAAACAGAAUUCUAUGCGAGAUUAAUGACAUUUUGUCCCUUCGUGAGACACAGACAAAAAAUGAGAUCAUUUUUACCAUGGAAGAAUUGAACAAGAUGGUGUAUCUCCACGCAGCAUUAUCCGAAUCCCUGAGGCUGUAUCCAUCCGUACCAAUUGAAAUGAAAGAAGUGGCAGAAGACGAUGUUCUCCCUGACGGUUCCAUAGUUAAGAAGGGCGCUCGAGUUUUCUACUGCAUAUUCUCAAUGGGCAGGAUGGAUUCUAUAUGGGGGCAAAAUUGCUUGGAGUUCAAACCAGAGAGGUGGAUUAGGGAUGGAAAGUUCGUAAGUGAAAAUCAGUUCAACUAUGCAGUGUUCAACGCCGGUCCAAGGUUGUGCCUGGGGAAGAAGUUUGCAUACAUGCAGAUGAAAAUGGUGGCAGCUUCAAUCCUGUUGAGGUACUCAGUUAAGGUCGUUGAAGGCCAUGAUGCUUCUCCAAAGAUGACAACCACACUUUACAUGAAGAAUGGACUCCUGGUGACUCUGAUGCCUAGGUUGGUGAACGUUUAA